CUUCGCGUCCUCUCACACCACCCACCUCAACGCGCCUCGCUCUCCGCCGCCUGCGCCCGUGCCAUGGCCUCGCCGCUCGCCUCGCCGCUCGAGGCCCGCAACGGCAGCGGCAGCAGCGGCGCAGCAGCAGCAGGGCCGAGCAGCAGCAGCAGCAGCCAUGCCGCCGCCUCGCUCGGCCUCGGACAUGCCUCCACGCCGCCCGCUCGCCGUCCAAGUGCCAGUGCCCGCCUCUACUCGUCGCGCCUGCGCGCCGGCGCCGCAGCCCACGCCAGCGGCGCAGACGAGGCCCUGCUGCGCUCGCUCGACGACGCGCCCUCGCUCGCACACUGGCUCAACGGCGCCCUCGCUGCUCAGCCUGCGACACGCCCAGAGGGCUCCAGCAGCAGCGGCGAUGCCACGCCGAGCGGCAGCGGCAGCGCCGUGCCGUCGCUGGCCGCGCUCGACGAGCACCUCUCGCGCCUGACGCUCUCGAUGGGCGAGGCGCGCGCCGGUGCCACGGCCGCCAUCGACGACGUCCUUUCGCACACGUCGGCCUCACUGCCGCGCCUCGGCACGCAGCUGCGCCUCGUGCGCGACGGUGCCGUGCAGCUGAGCGAGCGCAUCGACGCCGUGCGCCAGGCGGCGGGCCUGCAGCCGCCGCAGCUGGCAGCGGAGGCGACGCAGUCUCCGCAGCCGAAUGGCACGCACACGGAGGAGGGGCAGGCCGUUUCGACCUCGGCGCAGCCGACCGACGCUGCCGAGGCUCUCUCCCGGCUCGCGGCGCUGUACACGCUGCGUGCACGCAUGUCCGCAGCGCGCGACGUGCUGCGUCUGGCCGAGUCAUGGUCGACACUGGCGCCCGACGUCACCUCGCACCUCUCCGAGGAGAAGCACGUGGCUGCGGCAUCGCGUCUCGCCGAGGCGGCCGCCUCGCUGCCCGUCUUUGAGCGCACGCCCGAGUACGAGGCGCGCGCUCGGCUGCUCGCCAGCCUCACCGAUGCGCUCGAGGCGCAGCUGCGCCCGCAACUGCUGCGUGCCGCAGAGGCAAAGGAUGUGCAGACGGCGGCACGCUGCGCAGAUGUGCUGCGUACCGUCGGCCGCGCCGACGAGUUCGCUGCUCUGUGGCGCCGCACACGCUCGGCUGCUGUGGUGCAAGCAUGGAACGAGGAUGCGGCGGCACAGUCGGCUGUGGCGCGCUUGCAACAAACGUGGCCAAACCUCAUUGAGCAGCUGGCCGACGUCCUCGAGGAGGAGUGCACCUUUGCGCCGGUCCUCUUUAUCCAAGAUCCACGCAGCGCACUUGAGGCGCUCCUCGUCGGCGCCUUGCAGGAGCUCGAGCCGCCAUUGGCAAUGACCAUACGCAAUGCGGCAGACUCGAGCGGCGAGGCUGCACUCGAGGUGCUGUUACGAGCGUAUGGCCUGGCCAGCAGCGCAAGCUCGCGCUGGUCAGCCAUCCUGGCGCGCCUGGCCGCAGCAGCAGCAGCGGAGUCGCCAUCGGCAGCGGCAGGCGCUCAGCUCUCGCCGCAGAUUGCACUGCAAGUGUCGCCCUUGCCGAUCUCGCCCGGUAAUGCCGGUCUCGAGCCCACUGCCAGCCCUUCGCGGCCAUCGACGCACGCAAGGCGCAACUCGUCCAUCAGCGUCAGUCGGCGCAGUUCAAGGCGGGUCAGCGUACUCGGCUCGCUUGACACACGCCGCACGUCCCUCGAGCCCGCAGAAGGCCCGUCGCCCGGCGGCGCAGGCGCGUCGUCGGCCGUGCCAACACCCGCGCUCGGCGUUUCGCUACGCCGGCCUGCUGCUUGGGAGAGCAUGCUGUGGACGCCUUUCCUCGAGCAUCAGAGCAUGUACGGCGCCCUGGAGAGCCGAGCACUGCAAGCUGCAUGGCAGCGCGGCGCUGCAGCACGACGCAGUGCGCAUCCUGAGGGCGCUGCCAGCGCCGCGGGCUUUGCGGGCGAGCUCGAGGCUGCCAUCUGGCUUUGCUCCGAAGCGACAAAGCGCGCGUUGCGCUUUACCUUCGGCCUCGGCCUGCCCUCUCUGCUGACGGCGCACGAUGAACUUCUCUCGCACUUGCUCGAAGUGGCACGCCAGGCGCUCGAAGAGACGGCACGCGCCUCGAUGGAGGCGUCUCGCGCACGUGCUGCGGCGCUGCUUGAGGCGGACGAGGAGACGUACGGCUAUGGCGAGGGCGAGGAGUGGGCGGCAUUUGAGCAGGGCGUCGCCAUGCUCCGUGCGGCGCGGACGGCGCAGAACAAGCUCGACUCGCUCGAGGAGGAGACGGCCGCCUCGAGCGCCAACAUCGCUGCUGCCGUCCUUGCGGCCGGAACCAAGCCGGGCGAAGAGGCUCUCGCCCGCGUGCUGGAGCACAGCGAGAAGAGCUCAGAGGCCGCACUGGCUAUCCUGCUCGCUCACACCGAUGUCGACGCUCCCGCUCUGCGCUCCGCAUGCGAGGCGGUGCGCGUCCACAUGGCCAGCCGCGCCUCGCGAGCGGCAUUGACGAGCGGCAGCAGCGAGGCACGCAAGGCUUCCUCAAACGGCCUCGGGAGUGCAGCACCGCCGCCGUCUGCGCGCAGCAGUAGCCAGGUCAUCGCCUCUGCCCUUCUUCCACGGGCCCGCAGUGCACUGCGUGCUCAUGUGCGGGCACUGCAGCGCGCUCAGUGCGACGUCGUGCUUGCGCCUCUGCUGCCCGCGCUCGAGGCGUACAGCGCGCUGCCGGCGUGGCAAGCCUCGCGCCUGCCGGGCGCGGCGAACGAGUACGACCUCGCCAUGCCCACCUUCUCCGUCAGCCACAGCCGCACGAUGGGGCGCGUCGGCGAGGGCCUGUUGGAUCUGCCGCGCCUGCUCGAGGUGUGGGCCGCAGACGAGGCGCUGGGAUGGGCACUCGAGGCACUGCCCCAUGCGAUGGAGGAUGAGGCUUUCGCCGGCGCAGCGCACGAUGGCCUACCCGACUCGCCGGCGCGCUCAGAGGUCACGCAUGGGAAGAGCAGCAAGCCGCCCAUCGCAUCGCCGUCGUCGGAACGCCGAACACAUCGCGCCAGCGCCUCCAUCGCCGCCAUUGCCACCUCUGCGCCUGCGCCCGGCGCCCCUGCGCCGCAACCCCUUUCGAGCCACGUCGCUGCCGCUGUGCCCGAGCCUGUGACGCCCGCCGUGGUGCUGCAGGCCUAUCUGCGAGCCCUGGCACUCACGCUGCUGGCACACAUCACCGACGUGGUGCUGCCUUCCAUCGCCGCGCUCAGCGCAGCAGGCGCCGCGCAGCUCGCGGCAGACCUGGACUAUCUCGACAACAUCCUCGCCUCGCUCAACGUCGACUCGCAGGCGCGUGGCCUGCGCGACUGGCGCGAUGCCGCGGCACUGCCGGACGCAGAAGGACGAGCAUUGAGUCGCGCUCGCAGUGCGGAGGAUCCCGAGAAGAGGCGGUUGGCGCAGAGCGAUGCGUUCGACGCGGUGGUGCAGAUGCGAGGCUGGAGCUAGGGCGAAGCAUGUCAUCCUUCCUCUCUCACUCUCGUGGAUGACAAUUGCAUGCCUUGCCGAGCAGAAUUAGAGUUGUAUGAUGCUCGCUCGUCACGCCGCUGCACUUCACGUCGAGGCCCCUCACUCGUCCCCAAAGUCGCCGCCAUCGAGAUCCUUCGGCUCUUUUGGCUCCUGAGAGGGAAGUUAUUGCAAAGCGGGGAAGAGGCCAUGCGUGGUCAGAGGCAGGCUCUGCGACGGGGGAGCUGCAGCAGGAGCGGCACGACUCACCUCGUCCUCGCCGUACUGCAUCGCAUUGUCCACGUGGCUCAGUAAUGACCCGACCGAGUCCUCGUCUGUCGAGUCGAGCGGCAUGAACGAGACCAUGGAGAAGUCGUCGAUCUAGCAGCGCAAGGG